UCUUGUUCCCACCUCUUAAACCAGCAUCAUUAGGAUUCACUGUUUUAUUUAUAAAAGCAGUAGCCACCUGCUUUCUUGCCAUCACUUGUAGCCGUAUGUUGCUCAGAACAAAGGCCAGAAACUUACAUACCUUACACAUUUUCUAGUUAAAAUUUUUUGGGGGGAGGGGCUAGUAUUUGUGGAAUUCUGUGAUCUGUUGCUUGGCAACUUCAAGAGACUUAAACUUCUGCAUUCUGUGAGAGUCAGAAUUACAAAGUUUGGUGAGCCCAGUCAAUUACCUCUUGCAACCAAAAGGAAAUUAAUUGUCCAUUAUGCAGAGGGCUUGAAAAGUUGGCAUCCGGAGCAGGCCAUCCAUAGCUAUGUCACACUUCUUCUACUUGACUCCACAGAUCGUUCUGCCCCUUAGCCCUCUCACCUCUCGAGAGUUCGAUCUGAUCAGACGCAAGGCUGGAGCAUCCUGGCAGAAGGAAACAAGAUGGUCGGACUCUUCUGUAACAACAUACACAGGCAGUUACUGGAAAAAACAAUUGGAUAAGUCCACGAGCAGCCGAUUUUCUUUUAAAGCAGGACAGCAUCGGCCUGAGUGUAACCAGCAUGCAGGACUAUUUCCUCAAAUAAGCAGUUCUUUUAAAAAUUCACCUAAUGUCAAGCACAGUGUGACACACCAAAUUCUGUUUGGUGAUUUUUCUCCAGCACCUCCAAAUUAUGGAAAAUCAUGUAUGGGAAUUAAGAAGCCAGUAUCUAAGAAUCUGAUGAACUAUAAUCAACUAAAGAAAGACUUUCUGAAGCAUGAAGGUUAACGGAGAUGGAAGAAGAUGCAGGGAUAAUCCCAACUCCUCCUCAAGAAUGAGGUCUUUGCAAUGCAUUCCCAGUGCCGUGCAAAAAGUAACCUCUGCGGACGGACGAGGGCUAACAACGCCGCCAUCUUCCUCCAGCUUCAGGAACAGGGUAAUUCCUCAAGCAAGGCGGGCUCGUCUGAAGACUCACAAGGGGAUCAGUACUCCGAUUACAGUCUGG